GCCCCUGGCUUGCGUCGUUGCCGAGAUUGUACUGCAGCUACGGGGAGCGAGUGGCGAGCUGCCGCAGUCCCUCGCUCUUUCUCUGAACCUUCCCGCGACCGGAGGCGUUUGGGCUGAGGCGGAAUGUUCCGCAAGGCGCGGCGCGUGAACGUGCGGAAGCGGAACGACUCGGAGGAGGACGACGAAGAACGGGAAGAGGAGUCGUUGCCGCCGGCGUCCCAGGCACCACUACCGUCAGGCGGGGAUGGGCCUGCAGGAGAGGCCGAUCUGCCAGCACCGAAGCCCCCGCUCCUGCCGCUUCCGAUGGGCUGCGUUCCCCUCGUCUCUCCCGGCGGCGGCGGCGGCUAUGUUUUUGGCACUGCGGAGGCCAUUGGCCGGGGAAGCAGCGGCUUGACGGCCCCGCAUCUACAGCCUCCUCUCCCGCCGCCGCCGCCGCCUUUUCUUAUUCCGCCGCCGCCGUCGCAGCAGCCGCCGCUGGGAAACAACGGGCUCGUGUCGGCGGCUUCGAAGGCGAAAGAACGGAAGAACAAAAACCGAGAGUCGGCGCCAGCGCCAGCACCGCCACGCAGGAGCCUCAAACUCCUCAGCUUCCAAGAUGAAGAGGAGGAAACUGAAGAAGUUUUUAAAGUGAAGAAAUCAAGUUACAGCAAAAAGAUAGUAAAGCUGCUUAAGAAAGAAUACAAAGAAGAAAAAUCCAAGACAAAACCAGAAACUAAUUCUUCAGCAGAAGCUGAACAGCCUUCAGACAAAAUGGGACAGUUUAAAGAUGUAAUACAAGAAGAUGGGGCUGCAAAUAGUGAACAAGGAGAAGAAGAGAUGGAAGUUGAAAGUGAGAAGGAAGAAGAAAAACCAAAAGCUGCAGGAGCAUUUUCAAAUGCUUUGUCAUCUCUGAAUGUUCUGCGUCCAGGAGAAAUCCCAGAUGCAGCUUUUAUUCAUGCUGCAAGGAAAAAGCGCCAAAUGGCUCGUGAGCUUGGGGACUUUAUACCCCUUGACAAUGAUCCUGGGAAAGGACGUCUUGUUCGAGAAGAUGAAAAUGAUGCCAGUGAUGAUGAAGAUGAUGAUGAGAAGCGAAGAAUUGUUUUUUCAGUGAAAGAGAAGUCCCAAAGACAAAAGAUUGCAGAGGAAAUAGGUAUUGAGGGAAGUGAUGAUGAAGCUUUAAUUGCUGGGGAACAGGAUGAAGAACUCAGUCGAUGGGAACAAGAACAGAUACGUAAAGGCAUUAAUAUACCUCAGGUUCAAGCAAGUCAGCCAGCUGAAAUGAAUAACCUGUAUUACCAGAAUACUUACCAGACAAUGCCUUAUGGUUCAUCUUAUGGCAUUCCUUACACAUAUGCUGCUUAUGGAUCAUCAGAGACAAAGUCUCAAAAAACAGAUAACACAAUACCUUUCAAAACUCCCAGUAAUGAGAUGACUCCUGUUACUAUUGAUUUGGUAAAGAAACAGCUUAAAGAAAGGUUGGACUCAAUGAAAGAAUUUCACAAAGCAAAUCAAGAACAACACGAGAAGCAUCAGCAAAGCCGUGAUGAUUCUACAAAGACUAUUGAAAGAUUGGAAGGGUCUUCUGGAGAUGUUGGUGAACGGUAUAAAUUUCUGCAAGAAAUGCGAGGGUAUGUCCAAGACUUGCUUGAGUGUUUCAAUGAAAAGGUGCUCCUGAUUAAUGAACUCGAAUCAGCAAUGCAUCAGCUGUACAAACAGCGAGCUUCCCGCCUUGUCCAAAGACGACAAGAUGAUAUUAAAGAUGAAUCUUCGGAGUUUUCAAGCCAUUCAAGUAAAGCACUGAUGGCACCAAACCUUGAUUCUUUUGGACGAGACAGAACACUAUACCAGGAACAUGUAAAAAGACGGACUGCAGAAAGGGAAGCUAGAAGAGCGCGUCGUAGACUUGCUCGAGAGCAAGCUGGAAAGAUGGCUGAUCACCUUGAAGGCCUUUCUAGUGAUGAUGAAGAAACCUCAACAGAUACUACAAACUUCAAUAUGGAACAAGAUCGCAUUUUGAAGGAGUCCAGCAAAGUUUUUGAAGAUGUGUUAGAAAACUUUUCUUCCAUUGACUACAUCAAGUCACAAUUUGAAACGUGGCGCUCUAAAUAUUUAUCUUCUUACAAGGAUGCUUACAUUGGCCUUUGUUUACCCAAGCUGUUAAAUCCUUUAAUAAGACUUCAGUUACUUACUUGGAACCCUUUGGAGGACAAGUGCCAAGAUUUUGAGAGUAUGUUAUGGUUUGAAUCCUUGCUAUUUUAUGGAUGUGAAGAAUAUGAUCAAGAAAAAGAUGAUGCUGACGUUUCACUGUUGCCAACUAUUGUGGAAAAAGUAGUUCUACCUAAAUUAACAGUGCUUGCUGAAAAUGUAUGGGACCCUUUUUCUACAACACAGACUUCUAGGAUGGUAGCUAUUACCCAGAAAUUAAUAAAUGGCUAUCCCUCUGUGGUACAUGCAGAAAACAAAAACACACAGACAUUACUGAAAGCUCUUUUGCUUAGAAUGAGGAGAACACUAGAUGAUGAUGUAUUCAUGCCACUUUAUCCCAAAAGUGUUUUAGAAAACAAGAACUCUGGUCCUUAUUUGUUUUUCCAACGGCAGUUUUGGUCUUCUGUUAAGUUGCUUGGAAACUUUCUCCAGUGGCAUGGAAUUCUUUCUAACAAAACACUACAAGAGUUAUCAAUAGAUGGCUUGCUAAAUAGAUACAUUCUCAUGGCUUUCCAGAAUUCUGAGUAUGGAGAUGACAGCAUUAAGAAAGCUCAAAGUGUAAUCAGCUGCUUUCCUAAACAGUGGUUCAUUCACCUUAAAGGAAAUAAGACAAUAUCACAUUUAGAAAACCUUUGUAGAUACCUUGUUCAUCUUGCUGAUACAAUAUACAGAAAUAGCAUUGGAAGUUCUGAUGUAGAAAAAAGAAAUGCGAGGGAGCAUAUAAAACAGAUAAUAAAACUUCUAUCAAGUAUUCGAGCACUGGACCAUGCUGUAACAGUGGCAAAUGAUCACAAUGUGAAAGAGUUAAAAAUUUUAAGUGAAGGGAAGUAAUUACUUUUCAGUUAAUUCUGGAAUUUAAAAAUCAUUCCUGAAAUGUAAUUUUGUACAUAUGUAAAGUUUUCUUAAAUUGUAAACGAUUGUUUUUAAUACAAAGUGCAUUCUUAUAUACAGCAUCCAUAAUAGUAUUGAUGUCGUUAAGAACAUUAAAAGACCAGGAAAAAUUUUCACUUGCAUCUUGUUUACAAAAAAACUUUUAUGCCCCAUGGUAUCCAUCUGUUAACUGUCCACUAGUUAAAAUGAAUUUUUGUACCAUAAAAUUCAUUACCAUAUUAAAUGAAAUAUUUAUAGGCCCAUAGUUAAGUGUUUGAAAUAAGAGUCUCUUUCAGAGUAAGAUUUUCGGUUGCUGGAAUUUGGUGAUAAAAUUGGUCAGAAAAAUUAAUAUGGUAUGACCCCCAGGAAGAGUAAAUAAAUUUUCAAAACAUAAGCCAGUGUUUGUGACAAAAGUAUAGAAAAGUUAACAGUUACAUUCAGAUGUUACUUUCUUUUUUAAAAAUUCAGGAAAAGCAGCAUGCAGUUGCUUGUUCUUAAUGGUAAUGUGCAACUUCAGUUACCCAAGAUAAAUUUUCAGGGGAAAAUAUAUCAGUCAUGCAAACUGGAUUCUUGUUUAGGAGAAACACUGCUUUCAUUAUAUAUUUUCUAUCAUUCAAUCUUAUGGGAAAUAGAUGUUCUCAUAACAUGUUAAUUCAGAAGUACUAAAGCCCCCACUUGCCAAGCAUACAUAACUAAUGUUCGCACUUUGGAAUAUUCCAAAACUUUUACUUGAACUGCCUAAUUUAAAUAAAGAAUAAGCCUUUUAGUUGUCAGGGUUAUGGCUUGCCACUACUGAGUCUGAAUUUUGAGGAACAUUGUCACUGUUGUAGGUAACUUGCUUAUCUUCAAGUGUAGUCCUUUAUACUUGAGAAAAGUAGAAAGUAAAUACUGAAUAAUGUUGGAUCAUUGUGCUAUAUGAUGCUCCUGUCAUGUGAUGUAAAGAAAAUAUUAAAUGUACAGACUGUCUUUUA